ACGCGACUUUUGAACGAUUAACAUGUGUGAUUAAAUUAUUGCCCCGCCGAAGGGGUUACAGUCGUUGGAGAGAUUACCUAGCGAUAUCGAUUGCACUCUUAAACGAAGCUAAGGCGAUUGAACUCUGCUCGUCCCAAUCGGAAGGACGAUCCCGAGGCGAGGAAUUGAAAACAAAAGGUGUUCUUGUGCGCCAGUGCGUAUGAGUGGACCUUACCAUCCGCGGAAAGAGGAACUGGUUGAUCGCGCGAAUCGAUACAAAACGAAGGCAACCGGCGUUUGGAAAGUGCGAGUGCGAGUGCGAGCACCCCUUCCGCGUGCACACAUGUGAGGGGGUGUAUGCGAAUGCGAAUGUGCGAAUGUGCGCAACGCUGACGCCACCAGCGGCCACUGCUUGAAGCGCGCUUCCCUUCCGCGGGCGGGUGUUUCCACCCCACGGGGGACGGACGGGACGGCUAAGAAGUCUAGUUUUGGUCGAGAAACGGAGCGACAAAUACGCGAAGUGUGCGAGACAAGUUGCGAAGCUGACGGCGCGGUCGUUUGUGAAGUGUGCUCUCGGCGUGAGGAUUUGUUUGGUGUUUGAUACCAGAAGAUUCUUGGAAGCGCUGCAAACGAAGCGCGCGGUGAAAUCUGUGAAAAUUAGUGAAAAUUGCGGGGAAAGCGUGCGGUGUGAGGUGAUUUGGGGCGAAGUGUCAUGCUAGAAACAGUGAAAAUAGAAGAUUUACUGUGCUUUUAGUACGAAAGAUUUAAACGAAGGCCCAGUGAGAAACACUGUCCUGGAUUGAUCCUGGAGGCAAAUCCAAGGGUCGAGUGGUAAUUCUUGAAGAAGUGUAUUGCGCAACGCAGGAGCUAUUUACUGAGAUUAGCAUCGCAGCACGAGUUUAGAACGAACGAUUUCCACAUGGUUCCAUUCUGAAGCCAGAGACGCACCCUCGGAGAAGAAAACAACUCAGAAAACAAACAGAAGAUUAGAUCAAAACAAACAAACGGAAAGAAGGAAAAACCAAAAUAACAUGAGCGAGCAAAAGUCAAUAAUGCAAAGUGGAACGCCGGGCACUCCGCGAAGGGCCAAACGUGCCGUCGGAGGGAAUGGCGUGACGACGCCACCCAGCAGCAGUGAGACGCCGCCGCCGCCGAAAACUAUCGUCACGGAGCAGCGUUUUGAAGGACUCACUCUUGAGGGCGUGAACGAGAAUUUGGUGGACAUCACACCGGGCGAUAGCGAUGAGGUCGAGGCGGUCAAUCGGGAAGAGGAAGUCAUCAAGAAGCGCAAGACCGAGCUUACGACCACGCGCCAAAUCGAGACCCGCAUCCAGCGGCAGCUGGUGUUCGAGGAUGGCAAAGUUGUCGAAGAUUCCGGCCCGAUUGUGUCCACCAACACGACGGAGGACACCGACAAGCAGGAAACGGUGCAAACAGAGCAUCGUACCCUGGGCGACCCAACGGAGGAAGCAGAAGUUACCAAAACUGCCGUCGAUUCUGGCGGCAAGCAGGAUGCCGCCGGAGGGCGAAAACUAGUCAGUGAGGGAGAUGGGGUUGUUAGUGGGGCCGGAAUCGUGAACGUUCCGACCGCCGGUGGGGAUAAUAGCAAUAAACCAAAGACUAUCAGUGCCGUCGUGGCUCGUCCCGAUGGACUGCUGAGGGACAUCAAGGAGGAGAUUGAAGUCUCCCGGGAGGAAACCAAGGAGCGCAUGGUCACCGAGGAGCGGAAGCACUUCGGGGACUUCACCGAUGAUGCCUAUCUGCGUGCGAUCAACAGCGGUGUGGACGAUAUACGCGAGCUGCUGCUAUCGGAGGAAGCCCGCCUCGAUCUAGUCCCGUCCGGUCCGCAGCUGGUCAGCCACAGCACCAAGUCGCGCAAGGUCAUCGACAGCGAGAACACCAACAUCCAGCACACGGCCCGACCCGAUGGGACGCUGGUGACCGAGAAGAGCCAAACCCGCCAGCACGAGGUUCUGCUGGACGACGAUCUGCCCGGGGACGAGCGACUUAGCACCGGGGUUGACGAGGUGGACAGCAGCGAGCGGAUCAUCGAUCAGAAGGCUUCAUCUCAGCGAUACUUUAAGCAGCGUGAUGAACAACACGUGGAUCUGAUUGGCACCAGUGGGGAAGUGAUUGGCAACGAGAUGCGCUACGCGGCGGAAACCACUCAGCUCGAUAAGGAGGGCACCCGUCCGGAAAAUUUACUGUCCGAGUGGGACAGUCUAUCCGAUCGGCUGAGGAAAGCACGCCGCCUUGGGAGGCAUCCUACGCCCAAGGAUGCCCUGGUGGGAGGCGUCAUCGGGGUGCCUCCGCUGGUGGAUAGAACCGACGCUCUGACCAAGCGGCCGUUAGAUUUCGACCGGGAGGAUGAGACGCGGAAGCAGGAAACCAACAAGUGGCUCGAGAGUCAUUUUGGGAGUGAGUCUAGAUCCUCGCGGGGUUCGCGGGAUGAUUUGGAUGACAUUGUUGAGCCUACCAAGAAGACGUACUUUAAUGUCACGAUCAAAAGUGGGGAUGGGGUGGACGAACGAGCGGGUGGUAAUGAUUUUUACAAGGCACAUCAGUUGAAUGCGCCCCCGAAGGUAAUACUCCCGGAAAGGGAGGAGCCGGUUGGUAGAAAGUAUUUCCAAGGGGUAAGCGAAUGGAGUGAACGAAAUCGUUAUGCGAAUCCGAGAGGUUCCAGAGAGAACUUGGUGGACAGUGAUGAGUGCGGGUAUCGAACUCAUGGCAAACAGAAAGAUUAUCGCUUCGAAGAAGGCAAAAAUUCCUCUUACAAGGAGGAUUCAGCUUACGUGUCUUCAUCAACGUAUUUCACCACGCCGCGAUCACCGGAACACUCAAAGGAUAGUAAUUUCAAUGCACGGUAUGGCAGAGAUGCUCGCUCGGUAUCACCGGAUCGGAUAGAGUAUAUACCGGAGGAUCGACCGACGGCACCUCAGCGUAAGAAGGCACUUGAAAGAAAACUAACCAACGGCAAUGGCAUGACGAAGAAACGCGUCGUGGAGCCGCAGAUUAUAGAGUACGCUCCGAGAAGUCGAUCAAUUUCACCCAUUCAAAUUCCACCCGUGGCGACAACCCUACGGAAACCCUACCAGAAGACCCGGUUCAGCAGCACUCAGGAUCUAAGUCACACAUCCCGUCCGGUGGAAACGGCGCGCGUUCCGCGCAAUCCACCAAAGAGCAAAGUCGGUUCUGCCAUUGGCAACAGCAUCCGCAAAUUGGUGGGUAAAAUACGUUCCGCCAGUGCCGAGCGUAAGCUUCGCUUAAAAACAUCCACAAAGCACCGGUCCCCCUCGCCGUCUUCCACUAACAAGCGUAACAGCUCGUCCAGCACAACAUACCAGCAGUACAACGUCAUUGACGGUCACAUUGGACGAGGAUACUCACCACCACCACCACCAACGACAACGGCAACAACAUCAACACCGACAGCUGCGGCAAUGCAAACAAACCAGCUCCAAAACCAGUCUCAGCAUCAGCAUCAGCAUCACCAGCGUCACCAGUCGCAGUCGAGCGGUGCUGCUGUCAGUCACAAACCGAACGGCAACAUUUCCAGACGUGAUCGCGAGCGCACCGAUUCCAAUUACGAUCGCCGUGGGUCCUCCGAUAUCGUGUCCGACAUGACAACCAACAGUGGGGGACCGAUCCCCAAGCAGAAGUACUAUCUGGGCGAGAAUCCCUACGGGGGAAGCAUCUUUGGCAAGGAGAAUAAGUACGAUGGGACGGCCCGUGGUGGGGCUGCCGCCCAGUAUCAUCAACAGCAGCAACAUCAACAGCCGCAGCAGCUUCGAAGUGAGGAACGGAUCGUGACGUCGUCAUCCCACACAAGGAGCUACAGCCAACCACCACCGCCCACCGUCAGCACAUUGGGACGUUUCAGCAAAAGCACUAACCGACUCCCGUCCACGACAACUAAUGGCCACCAUGAGCAACUCAACGGUUCAUCCUCAUCGUACAUCCACUCGUCAUCCAAUCACUACCAGAACAGCUCCCAAACGCUGCCCCGGAAACUGUAUGAGCAAAAAUCGAAAGCCAAACCGCUCCAUUCCUCCACCAUCAACGUAUCGAUCGUGAACACCGUCAGUCCCACUGCCCAACCCUCUCUGGCCAACACCGGACCGGUGAAACCCGCCCGAACCUACAAAGCUCUGAACCGCAGCAAAUCGUUCAAUGUACAUGGUCUUAACGGCACCAAUGACCCUAGUCCGAUUUAUCUGGAAAAACUGAACAAGAACAACUACAACUCGUUCUACCGAUCCAACUCUAACCUGGAAGAUCUCCACCACAACCCCCAUUCCCGGCAUCCGACCGAAUCCAUGCAGCUAAAGAGCCCCUCCAUCGUGAACCUCAUCAGCCGCAGCACCCGGGAUCUAACCCAGAGCCCACUCUACGAGGACGAACGCAUCCCCGAACCGCGAAACGAUUUCUACAACGAACAUUCCACCAACAAGAAAACCGUCUUCCUCAAGAACCUUCAAAACCGAGCCCCGGAGCUGUACCGCACCCUGCACGGCACCGACCAGAAAGGACACUCGGGCAACUCACCCUCCCGCGACUAUCUCAACACGUACAUCAACCGGGAGCAGGAAUCGUCGCUGGGGUCCCGCUCGCCACUCACCAUCAACAAGGACACCGCCAGUAUCGUCCGCCGGGGUAGCUCCAGCACCGAGGACUACUCCGAGUCCUACAAGGUGACCCAGAAAUCGGAGGAUCCUGUGCGACCCGGGCUAACCAAUACGGUGCGUAACUUCAGCAAAAAGACGAUUCCCACCAAGGAUGGGCGAGGAAUGCAAACCAUCGAGACGAGCGAGGUGCGCACCACCAAGACCAGUCGCUACCGGGGGCCCGAUGGGGCAGGUCUGAAGUACCAGGAGUUCCGAAACGGGAUUCACCACGGCAACGGAACUGGCGGUGGGGGCGUUGUGAUAGAGUUACGGGGUAACCCCUAGGAUGUGUGUGGCGGUUGUGCGGGUGUGUGAAAGCAUGGAUAUUUUAAGGUUUUUGUGAACCACUUUUUUAAAAAAUACGAAAGCAAGAUGUCAAGAUUUUCUACUUGUGCCAGAACUAUGAAAGUAUUCUUCCAUUGCUAUGAUUUAUCUCGAAGUAUCAUCGUGCAAGCUAACAAGCAAGCAAGCAAAGCGUAUAGCCUUAUUUCGUUUUAAUUCUUUGUACCUAGGCGAACUAAUCAAGGAAUACUUAUUUUUAUUUUUUUAAACAAGAAUUAACAAGUGAGGUAUAUUUAAUAACACGAUUGACGCGCGGGCAGGCGGCAGACCGCGUAGGACGUGAAAUAAAGUAACAAGCGUGGAGCUCUUUUGAUA